GACGACGACGACGACGACGACGAUGACGAUGACGAUGACGGUGACGAUGACGAUGAUGGUGACGAAGACAACAACGAUGACAAUGAUGAUGAGGCUGAUAAGGAUAGCAGCAACAGCGGCAAAAGCAGUAACAUCAGUAGUACAUAAGUAUCAGUGCCAACUUUAGAU